AUGGUUUUGGUUGCCGGUCAUAGGGCCUUUAAGGGGCAAUACAUUGAGAAUACUAUGGUGGCCUUUGAAAGAGCUUACGAGGCCAAAUCAGAUAUAAUUGAGACAGACCUUCAGAUGACGAGUGAUGGUGUGGUCGUUGUGAAUCACGAUGUGGAUACAGGUAGAAUAUGGGAUAAAGACUUGUUUAUUGCCGACCAUACUUUUGAAGAGAUUAGCAAAUUGAGAUGCAAAGACGACCAAACACUAAAGAUGCCCACUUUGGCCGAAAUUUUGGAAUGGAUCGUCGAGCAUCCAGGGGUGAGGAUCAUGCUGGAUAUCAAAUUCACCAAUGAGAAGAUUGUGCUACCCAAGACCUAUGCUACCAUGCUAAGCAUUAAGAACGAUAUUCGUUUUUGGCAAGAAAGGAUCAUCUGGGGGCUUUGGCAACUAGAUUGGUUUGAAUACGGUAUAGAAACUGGUGUCAUCAAAGAUUUCGAAGUUUUCGUUAUUACACUCUCGUUAGAUAUCGCGGAACAAUUCAUCAAUUAUUCUUUGAAAUUGAAUAACCCUCAUUUUAGGCUAUCGGGGAUUAGUAUCCAUUUCGUGGCUUCUUGGACUCAAAGAUUUAGACAUACUCUAGCCCCUAAAUUACUGGAGAAUAAAAUUAAGGUCUUUCUAUGGACUGUCAACAAGGGCAUCGAUUUCGAAUACACCGGUGCUCUCCCCAUCGCAGGUGUGGUUACAGAUGACCCUAUUGUAGCCCGCCAACUGUCCAAAGAAUACUCCAAGACCAAAGAGUUUGCUGCACCCGAUUGGAACAGUCUCAACGGAUUCAGGUUCUACACUUUCCUCGCAGCAUACCAUAUUAUCUGCUCGUUACUUUUCAAACCAUGGGCUCACUUCAAAGUGGGACCUUAUUCGCUAGCCUAUCUCGUCUUCUACCUGCUGAGAACAAUCCACUUCUUGUAA